AUGCCUUUCCUCCGUGAAUUUGAGGCGUUUCUCACCCCCAUUUUCUUCCUGCUCGUUAUUUCCAUCUUCUCCCAUAGUUUAAGGAGAAGUAUGAGUGCAUAUCCCCUCCCUCCUGGCCCUAGACGGCUACCACUGUUGGGUAAUGCUCACCAACUUCCUUCGGAAUUUCAACAUAAGACCUUCAAGCAGUGGGCUGCAAAAUAUGGAGACAUAUUCUACCUGGAGGUUUUCCGCAAGCCGGCAAUAGUGAUCAGCUCUGCGCGGAUAGCUCACGAUUUGAUGGAGAAGAGGAGCUCAAAGUACUCUGAUCGACCGAGGACCGUUGUCUUUACGGAGCUAAUGGGCUUGGAGCCUACCGCGUCAAUUCUGCCCUAUGGCAAUCGAUGGCGUCUGCAUCGUAGAUGGCUCCAGACGGCAUUCCAGACAAAAACUGCACAACGGGACUACCAGCCCCUCCAACGGAGAAGGAUCCGACAACUGUUGUCUGCACUAUUGGAUACACCAGAAGACUUCAGGACGCUUAUAAAGAAGUCUGCGGGUGGAACCAUGAUGGAGGUUACUUAUGGACACAUCGCAACAGCCGCAGAUGAUGGGUUCAUCGAAUGGGCUGAUGACAUCAUCACCCGAAUGCAGGAAGCCGGGAGCGCGGGUACAACCAUCACUGAUUUCUUUCCUAUUUUGAAGUACGUACCAGAAUGGAUGCCGGGAGCAGGGAUCAAGCGAAGAGUGUCUGGUCUGCGAUCUGAGGUUCAACAAUUACAUGACGUUCCAUACGAGAGAGUGAAAAGUGCAGUUGAUGCUGGAUCGGCCAGAACAUCAUUCCUGGCUUCCCUCAUUGAGAAGAUCUCAGCAGACAAUGAGCUGACUCAAGACGAUGUAUUCAAUUUGAAAGGUGUUGCGGGCGUGGUCUACAUAGCCGGUGUUGAUACGACGGUCACUGUCGUGGUAACUUUUAUUCUGGCUAUGGUCCUUCAUCCGGAGGUAUACAAAAAAGCACAAGCUGAGGUCGAUCGGGUGAUUGGCCAAUCACGAUUGCCUGACUUUGAUGAUCGACCUUCAAUGCCUUACCUUGAUUGCGUUUUGAAGGAAACUUAUCGCUGGGGGUGCCCCUUACCUCUUGUGGUGCCACAUCAAGUCAUACAGGAUGACGAGUAUCUCGGAUAUCAUAUUCCUGCUGGAAGUAUGAUUAUUCCAAAUGUCUGGGCAAUGACACGGAAUCCAGAUGUAUACCCUGACCCCGACACCUUCAUACCGGAACGAUUCGAAAACCUGGAUGACGGGACUGCAUCUCAACUAAAUCCGAGCGAGCUCAUUUUCGGGUUUGGACGACGAAUUUGUCCUGGCCGUACCUUCGCAGACACGACUAUAUGGCUACUAAUUGCUAGCGUUCUGGCUACUAUGGAUAUUUGCAAGACCUGUGAUGAGGCUGGAGAAAAAAUUACGCCUGAACCUAUCUUCAAACAUGGUAAUGUCUGCCAUCCCGUGCCUUUCAAGUGCGAUAUUCGACCGCGAUCUGAGGAAGCUGUGGGAGUCAUUAAGCUCGCCAAUGCCGAAGGUUCAUCAUAG